GUGGUUAGCCUAUAGCGACGAGAUGACAAACGGCAUCAGCUACAGCUUUCUUAUGGGAAGAUGAUGUUAAACUUUGUAUGUAAUCUGCCUGCUCUGCGGGGGCUCACAAGGGGCGCGAACUCAUCAGCAGAUAGUACUCACUCUGUCAUUUGUUUAAAACAAGAGUCGUUGGUUUCUUGAAUUCUAAGGCCUGCCAGAAGUGCCUCCAGCAGAUAACUAUUGAGAAAGCAGCGCUCUCUUUAAUUAUGUCAUAGGCCUUGGAGUCACAAGAAACUAACACUGGUAAGUGCGUGCUGCUCUCUGUUGAUACACAUCUGUGCAACACCUACAACUGUCGUGCCCUCCCUUCUUCUGUUGUACAACUGUCGUGUCCUCCCUCCCUCUGUUUUGCAACUGUCGUGUCCCUUCUUCUGUCGUACAACUGUCGCGUCCCCCCUUCUUCUGUAAGUAUCUCCCAGAGUAGUACCGAGUCCCUUAUGGCUGCUGGAAGUGACUCGGAGCUACUCUGUGUGGACGGUAUGGUAGAAGUGAAGAAUAGCAAAAAAUACUUCCUUACAGUAUUUUUUACUUUGAAAGGCAGGCACUUCCGUAGGAGGAGAGCCCUGCUCACAUCACAGCUUUCUUUCUGCGAAGGCUAACUUGCGUAGCAGAAAGAAGGUCCACUGCGUUAGCUUAGCUGUAUCGUCCAACUUGGUAAGGCCAGGAGAUGAUCGCCUUAUUUCUCGAGAAGGGUGCGAGAAUGCUGCGAGAAGAAUAAGUGGAUCCAACUUAGCUACGGGCCGACUAUUAAGUGGAUCCAACUUAGCUGCGGGCCGCCUAAGCUUCUCUGAGUGGGUCCCCCAACUUGCUUCUCUGAGUGGGUCCUUCAAGAACUUGUUAAGGCCAGGCGAUCCCGGUCGCGUUCCUUCUCUGAGUGGUUGAUCGAUCCAUCCAGACCACGAGAAGGGCCUCCAACAUCACUGACAGUUACCGAUGAGUUCGCAUAUUACCCUGUAGUAACUACAGUCCGUGUAGUAGCUACUAAGUUGUCAGCCCCUGCGCCUUUCUUCAUCGUGGGCAACUUCGUCAUAGAUUCAUAUUUGAAAUUAAAAAAACGAUGAUAUUUUUUUGAUGUUGUUUGAAAGAGAGACAAAAGGACACUUAUUCUUCAUCUCCCACUAGUAGAAGAGAUGUAGGGUCACUUAUUUUUUUCGAAAUUUUAUAAGGCUAGACCGGCGCUUACAAGACGAGAGCACGAGGACAACAAAACUCAUUUUCAUGGGGACAUCAGCUCAACUCCUUUUUCCACGUACUCGCAGUUGUUGGGCAAAUUGAUAUGGGUUGUAGACUUCAAGUGUGGUCGUGGUAAAACUAGUAGUAGAGCUGGAGGCGUUCUUGUUGUUGUUCUUGUUUUCAUCUUUUUCAACUUCUACAUGGGACCCGAUUGAUGUAGUGUUCCUGGAUCCUUCUUCAACUGCAAGGGAUUCUCCUACAAGGGAUUCUCAUUCUCCUGUAGCGAUCCCGGAAUAAUAUCAUGAAAAAAGCCCUUUCCUC